UUCUAGUCUCCUCUUUCUCUUUCUUAGACUAUUCACGAAAACCCAAGUGAUGUUACCCCUCAACUCGCCUUCCAUUUCCUCUCUUCAGCGUCCGUAUUCCGAUUCCUUGGUAAGCCACGAUGUCUCUUCCUCGGGCUCCGCCUCCAUCUUGGUCUCUGGUUCUGCACUUGCUGUUCCCGCUGUUCUUGAUCUUGAUCAAGACUCCUCGCUCCCUGGGCGACAAUUACUACUCCGACUGCACCGACACGUUCAGCUGCGGGGCCGUUAAUGGCGUCGGCUACCCUUUCUGGGGCGGCAACAGAGCGAGCUUCUGUGGGUAUCCGGAGCUGGAGCUCAGGUGCGAGAACGGAAGCACCGCGACCAUCGCCAUAGAGCGAGUAAAGUACCGCGUUCUGAAAGUGUAUCCUUAUCCUGCUCAGAUUCUGAGAAUCGCCAGGGACGACUAUAUGCAGGGGAUGUGCCCAACGAAUUUCCUAAACACGACUCUCGACUCCUCGCUGUUCCAAAUCACCGAGGGCUACACCAACUUCACUUUGCUCUACGGUUGCCGAUCGGUUUUCCCACCUGUCUCGGGCCUAUUCUCGUGCCCUGUUCAGGGGGUUCCGUACACGGAUGGCUAUGUGUUUCCAGGGUUGAGUGUCGACAUUGGAGCGUGCUUCAAGAGCGUGGUAGUCCCGGUUUCUUUGUUCUUUUCGAGUAGCUGGGGGAAGAGCUCGUCCAUAAGCGACGUGCUGCAGCAUGGUUUUGAGGUUCAGCUGAAGGUGGAUGGUGAAGCUUGUGGUGAGUGCACUCGAUCGAACGGAGUGUGUGGCUACGAUCUCGCUGCGAAUCAGACCACUUGCUAUUGUCCCGACCAGUUCUUUGGUUCCAAAACUUGUGGGUCAUCAGCAUCUGCUGAGACCCCACAGGCAACAACUGCUACAUCUUCUCAAGGGAAGAAGGAUUCUAAAUCACUCGUUAUAGGCCUUGGCAUUGGCGGAGCUGGUUUUGUGGGGAUUCUGCUAGCUUUCUUGUUCGUCUGUUUAGUGUGGAGGAAGAAAAAGAAAGCUGCUUUCCAAAUUCAAACCAAAGAUCUUCACCAUACUCCUUCAAGCAAAAGCCUUCUCAUAUCAAGCAAUUUCAAUAGAAGCAUACCGUCUAAUCCUUCUUUGAAGUCCGACCUUGAGAAGGGAAGCAUCUAUUUUGGAGUUAAAGUCUUCGAGUACGUAGAACUUGAAGAGGCAACUAAAAAUUUCGAUCCUUCUCGAGAACUUGGAGAUGGAGGCUUUGGGACGGUUUAUUAUGGUGAGCUCCGUGAUGGGCGAGUAGUUGCGGUCAAGCGCCUGUACGAGAACAAUUUGAGACGUGUUGAGCAGUUCAUGAAUGAAGUAGAGAUCCUAACACGCCUGCACCACCAGAACCUAGUGAAGCUGUAUGGAUGCACCUCAAGACGGAGCCGGGAGCUGCUUCUUGUCUAUGAGUAUAUUCCAAAUGGAACAGUGGCUGAUCAUCUCUAUGGAAAGCAAGCGACUUCUAAUUUGCUUCCUUGGCGUGUUAGGUUGAACAUAGCCGUUGAAACUGCAGAUGCACUCACUUACCUUCACGCGUCCGAUGUCAUUCACCGUGAUGUUAAGACUAAUAACAUUCUCCUAGAGAACAAUUUCCGUGUAAAGGUAGCCGAUUUUGGUCUCUCACGGUUAUUCCCCACAGAUGUCAGCCAUAUAUCUACUGCUCCCCAAGGAACUCCUGGUUAUGUGGAUCCAGAGUAUUAUCAGUGCUACCAACUUACGGACAAGAGUGACGUAUAUAGUUUCGGUGUUGUCUUAUGUGAACUCUUAUCAUCAAAACCUGCAGUAGACACUAAUAGGCAUCGUCACGACAUUAAUUUGGCCAACAUGGCUGUCAGCAGAAUUCAAAAUCGUACACUGCAUGAACUGAUUGAUCCUUCUUUGGGGUUUGAAACAGAUUAUGCAGUUAGACGGAUGAUGACCUUGGUGGCAGAGUUAGCUUUUCGGUGUUUGCAGGAGGAAAGGGAUAUGAGGCCGACCAUGGAAGAAGUCUUGGACACUCUGAAAAGAAUUGGGACUGAGCAGAUAAAUGAGCAGAAAGCCGAGGUUAUGGACGAAGUUCUAGACACCUUGAGAGGAUUUCAGUAUGACAAUGCAAGAGUGAAGAAAACCGAGGUGAUUGACAUCAGGUCAGAUGAUGUUGGGCUUCUAAAGAAUAUGCCUCCCCUGCUUUCCCCUGACUCAGUGGUCUCACCUAUUUGGGGAAGCAGCUCUACGACACCUAAUUCCGUUUAGCGAUUGAGAUUUCCUAUUCUGGUUAUUCCGUAAAUCUUGAAGCAGGAAAAGUGAUUUCAUGUAUGAUGACCAUAAGCUCUCUGGCCUUCUAGUCUGAUGGUGAUUAAGCAGGUGGACAGGAGCCACUGAGAGCAAUGUACAUUGUAAAGGCGACCCGCAGCAUUUAUUUCUAUUAUAUUUUCUGCUGAAUAUACUUGCUGUCUGUUCUGUCUUGGAAAUGUUAAGGGAACCAGCCCAUGCAGCGCACUUAUCUCGAGUGGUAAUCAUCUGGUCCACAGGAGAGAUUCAUUCCAAGAUUGUCCAAAACAAUGUUAUUGUACCAGUUACUACCCAAGUUAAUGGAUUUACCAUGCAAGUAUUUGGUGUUGCUGAUGUAUUAGGAAAAGUGUGAUGGCGGAGUCUCCAAAUGCGGAAGGCAAAACAUCCUCCUUUGUUCAGUUUUCCAGUUGUUCAUGUAUUUUAGAUUGAUAAAGCAGAAGUAGCAGGA